ACAAAUCAAAAUGAGCGAUAGUUCAGAUGAAGAGUGGAGCGAGUCCUUUAUACCAUACAGUCAACGUAACGAAUGGAAAGAUGUAACACCAUUGCCACAGGAUGAUGGCGAGAAUCCAGUUGUCGCAAUUGCCUACAGUGCAAAAUUUCGCGAAAUCUUUGAUUAUUUCCGCGCUAUAUUAGCUCGCAAAGAGAAAUCGGCUAGAGCCUUGGAGUUGACAACAGAUGCUUUGCGCCUUAAUCCGGCUAAUUACACGGUGUGGCAGUAUAGACGUGAUAUUUUGCGUGAAUUGGGUAGCGACCUGAACGAGGAGUUGAACUACAUCGAGGAAGUUAUUACCGAGAAUGCUAAAAACUAUCAGGUUUGGCACCAUCGCCGUGUCAUUGUGGAAAUGUUGAAUGAUCCAUCCAAGGAGUUGGAGUUGACGGAAAUGGCUUUACGAACUGAUGCGAAAAAUUACCAUGCCUGGCAACAUAGACAAUGGGCCAUUAGAACAUACAAUCUCUACGAUAACGAAUUGGCUUUUACAGAUCGUUUAAUAUCCGAGGAUAUGCGUAACAAUUCCGCUUGGAAUCAACGUUUCUUUGUACUUAAACAUUUCGGUUUCACACCAGAAACAAUACAACGUGAACUGCAAUAUUGCGAUGAUAUGUCCAAGAAACACGAUAUAAUACGUCGCAAAUACUGGCAAUAUGUUGCGGAUCAGUUGAAAUCUAAACUCGAUUCGAAACAAUUGUAA